AGGCUGUUUAAAGAAGAAGCGGACGGUUUUGCUGUGUCAUGUCGAUAAUCGCCUGCACACUGAGAUCUUACUGACGGAUUUUUUACAGAGACUGUUUGAUGAAUUAAAACCCCAAGCAUGUUGUGUCUGAGGUUUUAAAAUUACCCUGAACGUGGGCAGCUUCUGAGCAGAUAAAACAUCUUCCCAAGUCUUCUCUUGCCCCUGAUGUGUACACUGCACUCAGAUUUACCACCAAAAGUACUUUAAGAUAUGGCCUUUUAAAGGAAGGUUAAAUAUCACAAGUACUAAGAAAACAUUAUAUAGUGAGAAGAUAUCCCAUGAAGAGAUGAAGAAUCAAAAUUACCAGUGCUCAUGUUGUAAGAAGAGAUUCAGUUACCCAAGUGAUCUGAAAAGACAUCAGCGCAUUCACACUGGAGAGAAGCCGUAUCACUGCACACAGUGUGGGACGAGGUUUUCUUAUUCUAGUUCUCUCCAAAAACACCAGCGCAUUCACACUGGAGAGAAGCCCUAUCACUGCGCGCAGUGUGGGAAGAGUUUUGCACAGACAGGGUACCUGCAAGCACACCAGUAUAUUCACACGGUAGAAAAGCUUCAUCAGUGCUUACAGUGUGGGAAGAGUUUUACAAGGCCUCGUCAACUACGAGUACACCAGCGCAUUCACACAGGAGAGAACCUGUAUUACUGCUCACAGUGUGGGAAGAGUUUUACUGCAGCCUGUUCUCUCCAAGCACACCAGCGCAUUCACACAGGAGAGAAGCCAUAUCAUUGUGCACAGUGUGGGAAGAGUUUUACACAGGCAGGGCACCUGCAAGCACACCAGCCUAUUCACACGAGAGAAAAGCCUCAUCAGUGCUUACAGUGUGGGAGGAGUUUUGCAACGGUUGGGAACCUACGAGCACACCAGCGCAUUCACACAGGAGAGAAGCCAUAUCAUUGUGCACAGUGUGGGAAGAGUUUUACACAGGCAGGGCACCUGCAAGCACACCAGUCUAUUCACACGGGAGAAAAGCCUCAUCAGUGCUUACAGUGUGGGAGGAGUUUUGCAAUGGCUGGUAACCUACGAACACACCAGCGUAUUCACACAGGAGAAAAGCCGUAUCAGUGCUCACAGUGUGCAAAGAGUUUUAGACAUUCAGCUCGAUUAAAAAGACACCGGUGCUUUCACACAGGGGAGAAUCCAUAACACAAUCACAAUAUGGGACAUGAUUUAUCCAUUGCUGUCACUCCUAAAUAUACUUUCUGGUCAAAAAACGGUCAACAUUUCAUCAGAAGGGUCAAUUUAUUGGGCUGCAUCAAGCUAAGAAAACAAGAGAUUUGAACUUACUGGAAAAGGAUUAAGAAGCUAUAAAGCAAUACAAAUACUUGGAAUGAUAGUGCUGAACCAUCAACUUUUUGGAAGUAAUAUCAGUAAAAAAAUCAUGAAUUGAGACCACAAACACUUUUAUAAAGUUACAUGGCAAAAAAAAAUCAACAACAACAAAAAAAAGUAUGUUUAAUAGUGGAAGGAAAUAAAGCAUUUCCAUACACACAGAAUGUGAUGACAACUCACAGCAUUGAGACUAAACAGUUGUGUCCAUAAGAAAACCACUUGAUGGCGAGAACCAUCAGAUUUUGCAUUUGAAUUUGCUGGGGAUCGUAAAGAUUUGAUAUUGGAGCAAUGAAAAAAGGUCAUGUGGCCUAAUGAUUCCAGAGUGAUGGGUGCAUCAGGGUAAGAGAGGGAUCAUGUAAAUUCAAUUAAAUUUUCAAUUUUAUUUAUAUAGUGCUUUUAACAAUGAUCAUUGUCUCAAAGCAGUUUCACAAAAAUGAAAAUAUUUGAAAAGCAAAUUUAUGGAAGUGUGUAUGUGUGUCUAGAUGAUGAGAUUGUCCCCUAUAUAAGCCUCUGGAGACAGUGUUGCACUCUAAAAACUGAACCACUGGGUCAUUAUUAAACACUAUUGAAAACUAAACAUUCCUGUGUUUUUUAUUGACUUUUUCCCACAUAACUUCACAAAGUUUUUGUGAUCUCCAUUUGUUCUGUUUUGUUUGCCAUUGUUUAGGUGAAUCUUUUGCCUAACUGCCAUCUAGUGGUCUCUUUAAGAAACUGCUGAUAAUUUAUAAAACUAGGAAGUGAGUACCUGAGCACAUGGCUGAUGUAUAUGGUUAAGAUUGAUUUUUGAGUAAUCCUCAUCAAUCCUUGUUUUGAAAGAACGGAGCAUGCGCACUUUGCGCAUCACACACACACGUGAAGUGUAAGUCCACUGGAAAAUGCAUGAGUAGUAAUGGUGGACUAGUGCUGCCGUUAUUUGUUUGGACAAGAGAAGGAGAGAUUACUGUGGAUCAUUUUCUUUCGAAGACUUUUAACCAGAUUAUCUUUGACUGGACAUAUUCCCCGGACUUCUUACCUUCAGUCAUCAGCCUCUCGGACUUCAUUAACCCCGGUGAGACCGAACCAUACUCGGUAUACUCCUCUAACACACAUACAAUAAACACGGACUUCGGCCAUUUUCCACUCACUUGCACAUACACAUACCGUUUAUUAUAUAUAGUUUGUAAAUAUUGUUUAUAGCUUUGUUAGUUUGUGGUGCACCUUUUUUUCAUGUCCUUUAUUUAGUUUUGUAUAAUACACGUUUGCUUUAUCUACUUGUUUGUUUGUCCUUUUUUUUUUUUUGGUAUGUACACACAUACAAUAAACACGGACUUUGGACAUUUUCCACUCACUCGCGUUCAUGCACACAUAUAGUUUAUUAUAUAUAGUUUGUAAAUAUUUUUUAUAUCUUUGUUUGGUUAUUAUGCACCUUUUUCGUUUACUUUAUUUAGUUUUGUAUAAUACACAUUUGCCUUG